GGAAGAGAUUUUAGAACACUCUAAGUUAAUCAUUGGCCAUGAUCAGUUUGCCUAUAAAAAAGGAACAAAUAAAACGUCAGCCCUUAUUAAAUGUAAACAUCAUUGGCUGAAAUGGUUGGACGAAGAUGCCGAGUUUGUAAGGGUUUUAUCUUUUGAUUUUAGAAAAGCCUUUGACUCGGUCCCGCAUGAUAUCGUAACUGGAAAACUUAAACAAACAAACCUAAAUCCUUAUAUCAUCAAUUGGAUUAUAAGUUUUCUGACGAAUCGAAAACAAAGGGUCGUGGUGGACGGAAUUAUAACAAGAUAUGUAGAUAUUAACAAGGGAGUGCCACAGGGAACCGUCAUUGGCCCGUUUCUAUUUUCUCUCAUG